AUAUCAAAUAAAACUGUAUAUAAUAAUUAUGUCAAAUAGAUAAAGUGACAAUGUCGUGAAUGAUAACGUUUAGUACCUAUUUGAUAAUGAUAGGAUAAUAUGAUAAAUUUAUUACUCAGAUAAGUUGUCGUCUGUACAAUAUUUAUCGCGUAAUUGUGUCUUACAAUGACCUGACUGUGAUACUAUGAUAGCGUUUGAUUAAUGUAAUUUCGAAAGUUUUUAGUCAUAUCCUCAGUAACGCUCUCGUAACGUUGAGUCUAACUCAAUUUCCUGCACUGCGACGUCAAUCAUUUAAUGACGUAUUAUUUUCUAAUGUUAUAUUUAUUUUACGCAUCUGUUACUCGGAACACCACCACCGCAUGAGAAGUGAGCUUUUCUCAUAGUGUAGUUCAAAAUGGGGUGGCGGUGGUUAGUGCUUUGGUCAAUGUGGUUGGCAGGUUUUGUGCGCCAGCCCACACUGCCACUUCGUAUUUCUUCGGGGAUUUUGCGAGGAUCUGUGUCCCCAGACGGCACGCAUUUGCACUACAAUGGCAUACCUUACGCUUUAAUCACGCAGAGGUUUCGGAAACCUGGUCCUGAACCUUCUUGGGACGGUAUAUUUGAAGCGAUUUAUGAAAAUAUUCGAUGUCCACAAAGGAUCGGUAAUGCCCUUGUUGUUGGCCAGGUAGACUGCUUGACUCUUAACGUUUACACUCCAGUUAAGGCAGAUGCAGGCUCUAAUUUACCAGUAAUGGUUUACAUACACGGAGGUGGAUAUUUCGACGGUUCCGGAAAUAGCGCCAUAUAUGGGCCCAAUAAUCUUAUAAACAAGGGCGUCAUUCUGGUCACAAUAAAUUAUAGAUUAAACAUUCAAGGUUUUGUUUGUUUGGGUAUCAAAGAAGCGCCCGGCAAUGCUGGUAUGAAAGAUCAAGUAGCGGCCUUGCAAUGGGUGCAGCGAAAUAUAAAAGCUUUUGGUGGAGACCCAGAUAACGUUACUUUGUUUGGUGAAAGCGCUGGCUCUUCCUCAGUUUCGUUUCAUAUUCUUUCACCUAUGUCAAAAGGUCUCUUUCAUAGAGCUAUAUUACAAAGUGGAUCAUCUAUGUCACCUUGGACUUUACAAUAUCGACCUGUUUACAUGACAAGCUUACUAACAAAAGUAAUGCUUCAUAACACCGAGGAUGCUUUCGAGUUGUACAAUAUUUUAAUGAAUAAAACUGACGCAGAAUUAGUUGUCACAAGAGUUCCUAGAAAAGAAGGUAAUGUAAUAUUCUCUGAAUUACUUUAUGUGCCUUGCGUAGAAGAAGAAAUCGAGGGUGAAGAGGCAUUUCUAACAGAACAUCCUCAUGAUAUAUUUGUUAAGGGAAAGUAUAAUAAAGUGCCAGUUAUGAUUGGCAUGAACAGCAAUGAGGGAUAUUUAUUCGCAGCUAUGGAAAACGACACGGUAAUACCUAAAAUAGAUAUAAUAAAGUCUCUGCCUAAAGAUUUAUUAAUAACUUCUGAUAAGGAGCGCUGUGAAGUGGGAAACAUGUUAAAGAAAUUCUAUAUGAUCGAAGAUAACAUACCUUCGUCUAAUUUUCUGAAUCUAGCAAAAUUUCACGGCGAAAUAUUCUUUACUUAUCCAACAAUACAAGAAACAGAGUUUUAUUUAAAAACCAACAACGAACCAGUAUAUAGUUAUAUUUUUAAUUAUAGUGGCAACAGAAACUUCCUAAAGAAAUCACUUGGAGAACCGUUCUCUAGUGCUCCGGGAGCGACACAUGCAGACGAACUAUUUUAUAUCUUUAGUCAAUAUCUGAUCCCCGAUUUAUUUGAGAAUCAGAUGAUUGAAAAGAUGACAACUAUGUGGACUAACUUUGCGAAAUACGGAGAGCCAACACCCGAAACGACAGAACUUCUUCCAAUAAAAUGGCAUCCAUCUACGAAGGCUUCUCCUCAUUCGUUAGUGAUCGACUCGCAAUUUAGUAUAGUGCCAAUGGGAACCAGUGAAUCUAUUAAAUAUUUAAAAAGAAUUUAUGCUAAGUACAGAAGAAAAAAAACGCGUGAUUUAUAAAUAAAACAAAACUGUUAAAGUGAAAUAUUGUAGACAAAUAUUUUAUCGUAUAUGACUGUUUACGCUGAAUUUCUUCCUGUGAUUUAUUAAAUAAUAAGGUUUUUGUUUGUAUUGUACA